AAAAUUCUUCGUAGAUAUCUUUAUUUUUCAAAUUUCAAUGAAUCGAAAAGAAGAAGCCAUAAUUCAGAGAAAAAGGGCUGUUGAAGAAGCCCGGAAAGAACGAAUUUUUAAUGCCAAGACCAGGUUAAUUGGAAUCGAUGCGACAGCUCUUGAAGAGCAAGCAAGGGAGCGCAGACGGAUGAUGAAAGAGGAAGAAAGAAGGAGUGACAUGUUUGACCGAGAUAGAGUCAAAGCAGAUUUGUUAUCUUUGGAAUAUGAAAGAAGGCAAAAAGAGGAAAAGAGAAGAUUAGAGCAAGACCUGAAUCGAUUUCGAUUUGAAGAACAAGGGAAGAUCAGGCAGCGGGAAUGGGAUCUUAAUGAUCCUUUAGCUCUGCAAAGACAACUUCCUAUACGUUGUGGAGAUACUGACCCAAGAUUAGGUCCUUCUUCGCUACAAGUCUUUGGAGGGGAAGAUUUACGAGCAAAGGAACGAAAACGGCUUCAGCAGGACCAGAUGAGAAAUUGGAGUCUUGAACAGCAAAAUUUGAAGCGCGAUUCUAAACAAAUUGAAGAAGAGGCUAACACUUACUAUCAAAAUCUUCGGAAAAUGGAGGAUUAUCGGUGGACGGAGUUGAACAGACUUCUUGACGAGGCAAAAUAUGCAAACAACAAAGCUCAAAGUGAAUAUAACAUGAAUUUGGCUAUUUGUCGUGCUAAGAACAAGAUGGAAGAAAAAACUCGGGACGAAACGGAUAAAAUGACAGAAAUUAUGAAUAAUUUGAAUGGUGACCUUUUAACCGAGAAUCCUGCGCAGGCUAUCAGCUAUGGUCCAAGGAAGGUUAUACCAGAUCGAUGGAAAGGAUUGCAGGAUGAACAACGAGCUUCAAUUAAGUACGACUUAAUAGAACAAAUGAGAAAAAAACAAUUAGAAACAGGAGAGCUUAAAGAAAUCGAUAAAGCAUGGGAAGCAGUUACGUUGAAGAAUAUGAAUGACGGGCUACUGAAGGAACGCGAAAAUGAACGUCUUGAAGCUGAAAUGAAACGCAAGUUAGCUGAAGAAAACUUAUCCUUAGCAAAGGAGCAGAGUCAGCGAAACGAAUAUUUAGAGCAUUGUGUCUAUACAAAUCCAAUAGGGAAUGAAUAUUUCAGUAAUUUUAACACCACAACCCGUUAAAUUAUGUUUGUGAUUGUGAUAUGGAAAAUAUUUAUUUUCGAAAUAAAUCCUAUCAAACUCUUCAGUGUUUGAGUACAGAAA